AUGUUGCUGUUGGCUCAAGGGUCCAAGGCUUGGCUCAGGCUCUCUCUGCUCAAGACCCCGAUCUUCCCUAGGACUCUGGGAAGUAAAACCCUGAGUAAGAGGGCACAGCAUUCGUCAGGACAGGGCUCUGAAGAGACUGGCCUGCCUCAGGGCCCUAAACUACGAACCAGGCUCCUGAUCACUGCUCUGUUUGGGGCAGGGCUGGGUGGGGCCUGGCUGGUCGUCAGGGCUGAGAAGGAGCAGCGACGGCAGCAAUGUCGCACAGAGGCUUUGCGACAGGCCGCUGUGGGUCAGGGUGACUUUAGCUUGCUGGAUCACCAUGGCCAUACCCGCUGCAAGGCUGACUUCCGGGGUCAGUGGGUGCUAAUGUACUUUGGCUUCACACACUGCCCUGAUAUCUGCCCUGAUGAGCUGGAGAAGCUGGUUCAGGUGGUACAGCAUUUAGAAGCUCAGCCUGGCUUGCACCCUGUGCAGCCCAUCUUUGUCACUGUGGAUCCUGCACGGGAUAACGUUGCAGCCAUGGCCCGAUAUGUGCAGGACUUCCACCCGAGGCUGCUGGGCCUGACGGGUUCUGCUGAACAGGUGGCCCAGGCCAGCCGUAGCUACCGUGUGUACUACAGUGCUGGCCCCAAGGAUGAGGACCAGGACUACAUUGUGGACCACUCCAUUGCCAUCUACUUGCUCAAUCCUGAUGGCCUCUUCACUGACUACUAUGGUCGGGGAAGGUCAGCAGAGCAGAUUGCAGACAGCGUGCGGCAGCACAUGGCUGCCUUCCAGAGUGUCCUGUCUUGAAACCACUGCAGCCUGCGCUGUCAUUAAACAAGGAGCAUUUGUACUGAA